AUGAACUUGGACUGGGAUGUUAUUAAGCCCACCACCAUUUUAAGAGGACAAAAAAGAGAGUUGGAUAAUUUUUCGUCAAACAGCCCAAACAAACGUACCAGCGAUAGAAACAAAGGUCGCAUUUUGUUCACCUUCAGCUUCAAUUUUCUUCUCCGGCUAUCUUCAACCGUCUCCGGCCAUUUCGCCGCACCGACGACCAUCCCCAGCCUAAGCUCUGAUUUUCACUGCUCUCUGGAUCUCUCACCCUCUUUCUCACAGAUCUCGCAGCUAUCUCCAGAUCUCAGAGCUCAAUCUCUCGCAUCUCAGUCACAGGCAAGGAAGCACUGGUUCUUCUAG